AGGAGUCAGGAGGCCAGUAAACAGACAGGGCAAAGAUAGUGAUUUCUCUUAGAUCUGAAACUGACAAGCUAAACUGAGAAACACUGACACACUGCUGGAAGAUGGAAAACCCCACUGACACUGGAUUCUGCUGCUCUACUUUUUGUGCCAUAGCCACAGCUGUAUACAUUUGCACAGCGGUGUGGCAAGAGAGACAGGGAUACAGUGCAAGAUGCUGGGCCAUAGCCUUCGGAGUGCUUGGGUGCCUUCUGUACUUUUGGGGUUCUCCAGGCUCCUGUGGCGUUCUUCUCAUGUGCGGCAGCCUCCGCCUGUACUGUGUAACUCCAAGGAAGGGGCGGCUUCCAGUACAUAGCAGAGCAGUGCUGAUUACAGGCUGUGAUACAGGUUUUGGUCACGCGCUGGCAAAGCUGCUGAGUGAGAUGGGUGUGACGGUAUUUGCUGGCGUUCUGGAUGUGUCCGGGUCUGGAGCUCAGGAACUGAGAGAUUGUGAAUCUGCAAACCUGCAUGUCCUCCAGCUUGAUGUGACAGACCAUGCCCAAAUAGAGCAAGCUUACCAGUACAUCCACACCCAGGUCAGGGAGGCAGGUCUCUGGGGUUUGGUGAACAAUGCUGGGAUCCUGGGCUGUGUGGCCGAUGGGGAGAUCCAGCCAAUCACGGCCUUCAGACGCUGCAUGGACGUGAACUUCCUGUCUGCUGUGAAAAUGUGCCAGGUCUUCCUCCCACUGCUGCGGAGGUCUAAGGGACGGAUAGUCAACAUCUCCAGCAUGGCAGGGGAGGUGUCCAUGCCCAUGUUUUCUGCUUAUGGAGCAUCAAAGGCAGCACUGAGCAACUUCUCCGGAGUGAUGAGGAUGGAGCUGUCUAAAUGGGGCAUCAAGGUUUCCACAAUCCAACCUGCAGGCUUCAGAACAAAUAUCUUCAAAAACAGUGAAGCCUGGUGUAGCUACAAAGAGGAGAUCCUCAAAGGUCUGUCUUCUGACACUAGGAGGGAUUAUGGGGAGGCGUAUAUUUCCUCUCUCUUGGGCGGUCUGUCCAAGAUGGCUAACCAGUCUUCUGAGGAUCUGCGUCCUGUGUUGGAGGACAUGUGUCAUGCCCUGAUGUCAUUAGACCCAAAACCUCUCUACACCCCGGGACAGACAGCAUGGAUCAUCCCAUUCCUUUGCCGUCUCUGCCCCACUAAUAUCUUUGAUAUCAUGAUCAUGCAAACCUUUAAGUUCAUUGACUGUCAUCCAGCAGCAUUAAGUCAGGACUGUGUGAAAAAGUGGGACUAAAUACUAAUACAUGGAAAAAUGCAA